AUGACAAAGAGGCAAGCGGUGGAGGCUCUUGACAAAAGCUUGAGAGAUAUAAUGGAUCGGCCGGAGCUGCCGUUUGGUGGGAAGAUUGUUGUUUUUGGUGGAGAUUUCAGGCAGGUCCUCCCUGUUGUCCUGAAGGGGUCGAGGGCUCAAAUAGUCAAUGCUUCGCUGCGGAGGUCGUACCUUUGGGAUUGGAUGCGGCAUCUAAAGUUGGUGCGCAACAUGCGGGCACAGAGCGACCCAUGGUUUGCAGAUUAUCUCUUGCGCAUCGGUGGUGGAACAGAGGAGGUAAACGGUGAUGGAGAUGUCCGUCUCCCGGACGAUAUAUGCGUGCCUUAUACUAGAGAUGGUAAGGAUCUUGAUAGAUUGAUUGAAUGCAUAUUCCCAGAGCUGAAUGAGAACAUGGCAAGCAAAGACUACAUCACUUCGAGGGCGAUUUUGUCAACACGAAAUGAGCGGGUGGAUAUGAUUAAUAUGAAGAUGAUCAGUAGUUUUCAAGGGGACGAGAUGGUUUAUCAUAGCUUUGACUCUACAAUUGACGAUCCACAUAACUAUUACCCCUCGGAGUUUCUUAACACAUUGACCCCAAAUGGUUUACCUCCACACAUGCUAAAGCUUAAGAUCGGCUGCCCAAUCAUAUUGCUUAGAAAUAUCGACCCUGCGAAUGGACUCUGCAACGGAACGAGACUGGUGGUACGAGGAUUCGCAAAAAACUCAAUCAACGCUGAAAUUGUAUUGGGCCAGCAUGCUGGAAAGCGGGUUUUCCUUCCUCGGAUACCCUUAUGCCCAUCAGAUGAUGAGAUGUUCCCGUUCCAGUUCAAGAGAAAGCAAUUCCCUAUUAGGCUCAGCUUUGCCAUGACGGUUAACAAGGCACAAGGGCAAACUAUUCCCAACGUGUGA